AUGGCUUGUGUCGGUUUGACAAUGGACGAGAAUGGAUCUCUCUGUGUCGUUGGCAACGGAAGAGCUGAAGUAAGUUGGUAUCAAAGAGGAGAAUCUCAAGGGGCAGUAGUUGCAGGUGGCAAUGGAAGCGGAUGCCGUCUCGAUCAACUAUCUGACUCGCAGCAAGUAUUCGUCGAUCGAGAUCAUUCAGUUGCAAAACAAGACAUUGUCGUGGCUGGUGGACAAGGACAAGGGACCAGUCUUACACAAUUGUCAUAUCCCCGAGGAGUCGUUGUCGACCAAUUGGGCACUGUCUCUGUGACUGAUCUAGGGAAUGUUCGAAUCAUACAUUGGCCCAAAGGAGCCACACAAGGAAGUGUCAUUGUUGAUGGGAACGGUGAAAGAGGACAAUCGAACCAGUUCAAGGACCCCAUUGGCUUAUCAUUCGAUCGACACGGUAAUCUCUACGUCGUUGAUGGCCGAAAUACUCAUGUUCAAAAAUUCAAUAUCGAUCUCAAUAUCUAA